AUGCAUGGACCGACCGAAUGCGAUCUGAAUCGACUUCAAAACUGUGCGAUUUCCUACUUCCCUCGUCGUCAUCUGGGUCUCAUCACAUGCAUUCAAGGAUUGACCACACUUCGUGAAGCUUUCAGUCGUUGUUUGAGUCGACUCUCCGUACGGACACAAAGGAAACUGAUUGAAUGCGCCACUACACAAACUGGUGAGCUACUGAACUACUAUUCCAUGGUGAACACACAUCGAGCGGGAAUAAAAAUAUGGCCAACGAUGUACGUGAAUGGAGUGUUCUUCGAUCGAAGCUAUCCAGUGGAUCAGAAGCUUUGCGAGCACACGGCUUGGUGCUGA